AUGCCAGGAAUUCGAGAACUAUGGGUCGAGGAUCCCUGGACAUGGGGACAAGAAAAAUGGAAACGAGGUUCUGAAGCGUUGGCUAUCAACUCGGUGCGCACGCGCAGCCAAGAGCAGAUUCAUAUGCAUAUCUGCAGCGUCAACGACGACGCACAAAAAUGGUUAACCAACUUAGAUCAUACCAAGUAUCAGACUAUGACGAAGAUCCCUGGAAGGGACUGGCAGUGCCGAGUUGGGCAACAACCGGGCGACUCAGUGCAUGAUAUGACAGAUCUGACCCAAAGGGCGCUGUUCAGCGGCAGUUGGUGCCCGGAUUUCAUUGGAGCUGCCGUGAUUGUGGACAACAAAGAUCGAAUAUGGGCAUGCUUGACGACAGAUGAGAAGGACACAACCGAGUUCGUCUUUUGUCAUUGA